AUGACUCCCACCAACUCACCAUCGCCAGAUUAUAAAGUCCUAGAGCUCAUGUCAGGUCUCAUCGACUCGUACUUCAAAAACCAUCUUGGUCUAUCACCCGAUGAAGCCGAACGUCUCCACAAAGACUACUACCAGCAAUACGGCCAGGCGAUUGAAGGUCUCGUGCGGGAUUAUCAAAUUGACGCCCUGGAAUACAACGCCAAAGUCGAUGACGCGCUUCCCCUCGACGAUAUUAUCAAGCCAAACCCGCAACUGCGACAAUUUCUCGAGGAUAUUGAUACUUCAAAAGUUAGACUCUGGCUUUUGACCAAUGCGGUUUGA